AUGGUUGGCAGUUAUCAGUCUGAAGAUAAGCGCGUCACAAUCUUUCUCUCUCGGUCGGUGUCUUCUUGGGGUUGGCCUUGCGCACCGGCGCCCUUUCUAUCUCUCUCUCUCUCUCUCUCUCUCUCUCUCUCUCUCUCUCUCUCCUCGGCUACGCCUGUGUUUCUACACAUCUAUCUAUCUAUCUAUCUAUCUAUCUAUCUAUCUAUCUAUCUAUCUAUCUAUCUAUGCCAGUCCCUUCAUAUUUAUCUAAAUUUGUUCAUAUUUAUCUAUUUAUUCACUCUCUUCAUAUCUAUCUAUCUAUCUAUCUAUGUCCAUAUUUAUCUAUUUAUGCCAGUCCCUUCAUAUUUAUCUAAAUUUGUUCAUAUUUAUCUAUUUAUUCACUCUCUUCAUAUCUAUCUAUCUAUCUAUCUAUCAUAUUUAUCUAUUUAUCAGUCCUUCAUAUCUAUCUAUCUAUCUAUCUAUCUAUCUAUCUAUCUAUCUAUCUAUCCUUUUCUUCCCUUCAUAUCUAUCUAUCUAUCUAUCUAUCUAUCUAUCUAUCUAUCUAUCUAUCUAUGUCCAUAUUUAUCUAUUUAUACCAGUACUUUCAUAUCUAUCUAUCUAUCUAUCUAUCUAAAUUUAUUCAUAUUUAUCUAUUUAUAUCAGUCUCUUCAUAUCUAUCUAUCUAUCUAUCUAUCUAUCUAUCUAUCUAUCUAUCUAUCUAUCUAUGUCCAUAUUUAUCUAUUUAUACUAGUCCCUUCAUAUCUAUCUAUCUAUCUAUCUGAAUUUGUUCAUAUUUAUCUAUUUAUUCAGUCUCUUCAUAUCUGUCUAUCUAUGUCCAUAUUUAUCUAUUUAUACCAGUCCCUUCAUAUCUAUCUAUCUAUCUAUCUAUCUAUCUAUCUAUCUAUCUAUCUAUCUAAAUUUAUUCAUAUUUAUCUAUUUAUAUCAGUCUCUUCAUAUCUAUCUAUCUAUCUAACCUUUUCUGUCUAUAUGUAUCUAAGCCUGUUCAUCUAUCUAUCUAUCUAUCUAUCUAUCUAUCUAUCUAUCUAUCUAUCCUUUUCUGUCUAUAUGUAUCUAAGUCUGUUCAUCUAUCUAUCUAUCUAUCUAUCUCAAUAUGUACAUAUUUAUCUAUUUAGCUAUUCAAAUCAGUUUCUUCAUAUCUAUCUAUCCUUAUAUUUAUCUGAAUUUGUUCAUAUUUAUCUAUUUAUAUCAGUCGUUCACAUCUAUCUAUCUAUCUAUCUAUGUUCAUAUUUUAUUCAUCUAUUUAUAUCUGUCUAG